CUCUCUCUCUCUCUCUUUCUCUGUCUCUCUCUCUAUCUAUCUAUCUAUCUAUUUUUCCAUUUCUCUGGCAAGAAAAGGCAGUUUUACGCCAGGUGAAAAAAAGGGUCAACCGGAUUCCUCACCAGAGGCGGAUUUCCAGCGCCACCUUGAGAAUGUGGCGCAGUGGGGACCGGAAGAUGCUGGCUGGUAAAGAGCUCCCGCAGGCCAGGACGUGGAAAUUGGGGCCAUCUACACCGUCAAAGGACAUGGAAAAGCAGGUGCCGACAAGGAUGGAUUCUUUCCACGCCAUUCACAAGCUUCCCACUGGAGAUUCGCCAUAUGUGAGGGCAAAACAUGUUCAGUUGGUAGACAAGGAUCCGAACAAGGCCAUUUCGCUAUUCUGGGCUGCAAUAAACAUCGGCGAUCGAGUCAACAGUGCCUUAAAAGACAUGGCGAUCGUAAUGAAACAGGUGGAUCGAGCUGAAGAGGCAAUCGAGGCUGUCAAAUCUUUCCGUCAUUUGUGCUCCACUGAUGCUCAAGAGUCUCUUGACAAUGUCCUUCUUGACCUCUACAAGAGAUGUAAUAGGGUCGAUGAACAGAUUGUACUUCUGGAACACAAAUUGAAGCUCAUUGAAGAUGGUCUUGCAUUUGGAGGGAAGAAGACGAAGAUCGCUCGAUCUCAAGGGAAGAAGUUUCAUGUUUCAAUUGAUCAAGAGAGAGCGAGGUUGCUAGGGAAUUUGGCCUGGGCUUAUAUUCAACAAGAGAAGUACCACACUGCAGAAGCACUCUACAGGAAAGCUCUAUGCAUAGAACCAGAUAAAAACAAGCAAUGCAAUCUGGCCAUUUGCUUGAUGCAGACAGGAAGAAUUUCAGAAGCAAGAUCUCUCCUUGAAAGGAUCCAACCUUCAUCUUUGGACUCAGACAAGCGUGGCCCGGAUUCGUAUAUGAAAUCCUUUGAACGUGCAUGUGAAAUGCUGGCAGGUCUUGAGUGUCAGUCGAUGAAUGGAGCGAUAGGAACAAAAAUCCAGAGAUCUUCUUCUGCUUCCUCUAUUACGGGAAUCUUGAAUUCCCCAGGUUCUGGUGGGGCAAAGAAGAACUGUGGACUGCAAGUCCAGAAGGAGCUGAUGGAAGCAGAAAUGCAAUGGUCUUCUUGCAGUUCUACCCUUAGCAGGAUUCUGAACUCCACAGGACCAAUCAGCGGAUAUCAGAAUCAUGGAACUGGAAUAGAGACAGAACUGAUAAAAACAGAAAUACGAAGAUCUUCAUCCAGUUCUGCCCUUAAUGGGAUUUUGAAUUCCCCUGCGCCCAUUAACAGAAACCAGAGUCACGGGAAAAUAGCUUCUGGAAACAGGAAUAGAUGGAGAGAUGGUGAUUAUGGUGAAGAAAUAAGAUUUCCGGAUAAUGUUUUUGGAAAUCUGAGAUGGGAAAAUGAUGGUGAUGAUGGGAAAAUGCUGCAUUCACCACCUCCUGUAAUGGGAAAUUUGGAUUCAUCCGCUUACAUUAAUCAGAAUCAGAAUCAUCGAGUUCUUGGAAGCGGUGGGAGCAGAUGGGGAAAUGACAGUGAUGAAGAGCAAUUGUUUUCAGAUGAGAAAAUGAAUAGUUACGAUACACCGAAUCGUUUGCCGACUUCAAACGAUGGAAGUUUAUAUGCAGGAGCCUAUCCAUGGGUUGGGAAUAACGGAGUGGAGGAAGAAGGUUUUGCAGAUGAGAAUCUGAACUCCAACCUGCCAACUGAGUUACCUACUACGAAAUGCAUAGCAGACAGUUCUCCAAUUCUGAUUAGAGGGCACCUGAAAACCACAAUUCCAGCACCAAGGACGACCCAUUCGCAGUCUGCCAUUGUUGGGAAUUGGAGGGGAGCUGAUGGUUUGCCAGUUCUGACUCGAGGAAACUCAAAACAUCCAUCACAAGAACUGCUGAGUACACAAUCUUCCAUUGAUGGAGAUUGGAGACAGAGAGCUGAUGAUUUGCCUGUUCCAGUUCAAGGCAAUUUGAAUCACCCAACUCAAGAACUGCCGAUUACCCAAUCACAAUCUUCCAAUAGUUCGCCAGUACUACUUCCAGCGAAUUCUAAACUCCUGCCUCAACAAUACACGGCUGCUCAUUUGCCACCUUCUGUUGAUGAAGAUUGGAGAAGGAGAGCUGGCAUUCCCUGCAAUAGCAAUGGCAGAAGAAGCGCAGAUUGUGCUGCAGAGAAACGGCCGGAUGUUGUCAAUAAUUUGAAUCCCUGUGGGCCAUCUGAACCAGUGCUUGUUGUGAAUCCACAGGCAGGUACAGCAUUUCAAAAGCCAAGUGGUGGUUUGCCAGCUUCUUCCACUGCUGGGAAUUCAAACUGCAUGCCAGGCAUUUCAGUCAUAGGCAGUAGGAGACAGGCGGAUUGCAAUGAGAAACAGGCCUUUGAAGUUGUCGGAUCACCAUUAGCCAUCAGAAUUUCACGAACACUGGAACCCCAAAACAUGAUUGGUCGUUUUCCAGGUUCUGUUAAUGGAAAUUUGACUCACAAAUCUGAUGUAUCAGUCAUCGGCAGUAGGAGAUGGGCAGAUAUGGUUGAAGAAGAGGAAGAAGUAGACAAGCUCUCGACUUCUAUCACUGGAAACCUGAAGGUGGCCCACCAUCCAUCAGCCUUCAGCUGCGGUAAAACAUGGGCAGAAAUGGUUGACGAAGAAGAAGAAGAAGAGGCUUUAGCAAUUUCGAAGUUAAAUUUGGAGGCAGAUGGAAAGCAGAUGACGAGGCCCAUCUCUCAAUGGGGCAACAGCUGGAAUGACAUGUUUCCAGAUGAGAAUCUGAAUGCCAACAUCAUGAGAUGUAUUCCCCCGCGCCCAUCCAUCCAAUCACCUUCGGUGCUACCACCUCCACAAAAGCAUCAAGAGCUGCUGCAAGAUUACAAUUUCUCACAGCAGAAGCUUGUGACUGUCAAUCUGAAGGAAGGACUUGAAACUCCUCCGUACUCAACACCCAACGAAACUCCUCCGUACUCAACACCCAAUACAGAUAAUGAUGCUUCUUCUCAUCAGAGGAAGAGCCUGUUUUCAGCGGGACUUGAUCGGAACCCAUCGGCACGGAGAUCUCUAUCUUUUGAGCCACAGCAGAAACAGGAUCCUAAGCCGGACUACUCUUCGACAUUGACGAAGAUAUUCGACGUUGAUGACUACAGUUACUUGCAGGCAAUUGGAAGUGGGUCCAAACGGCGGGGAAACAGGCUUCGAGUUUUUCAGGAGAUGACUCUUCCAGACAGUCCCAGAGCUUGAGCUCUCUCUCUCACUCACUCUCUCUCUCCCUCUCUCUCUACAAAGACAAAAACCAUGAAUUGUUUUAUAUAUGUUGUUUAUAUUUUUGAGUUGUAAUUGGUGUAAAAGACAGCUUUGUUUUUUUUUUUUUUCCUAAUGGCAAUGGUGAUAAUAUCUAGAUGAGAUUCUUUAAAA